AUGGAUCGGAGUCGAUCUGUCCCGGGAGAGCUUAGUAAGGUGGUGACUCAUUAUGGGGUAGAUAUUGCCCUGGUUCAGGAACCAUAUGCAGCUCCAGGCAAGGUACUUGGGUUUGGUAGUAAGGUGAAGACUGUCCACUUCCGGUGCGCCCAGACUCAGCCCUGGGCGGCUGUUAUUUUGUAUAACAAAAAGUGGGCAGUGUUGGAUAUUCAGAGCCUCUCAUCCCCAACGUGUGCUAUAGCACAGGUCAUGGGAGAUGGUAUGAAGGUGUAUAUGGUAAGUCUAUAUUGUCCACCUAGUGGUGAUAUAAAUAAUAGUAUAAGAGAGUUGGAGUGUAUCCUGGGGAAGCUGCGUGGUGAGAAUAUUAUUAUAAGUAUGGAUGGUAAUGCUAAGGCUACUCUUUGGGGCAGUGAGACUACCGAUGAUAGGGGUACUCUUUUAUUGGAGACGAUCCUUAAAUGGGACUUGGUAUGUGUUAAUGAUCCAGAGGCAGGUCCCACGUUUAUUUCUAGUAGGGGUAGUUCUUAUAUUGAUUUGACCCUCACUACUAAGGAUGUGGUUAUUGAUAAUUGGUAUAUGGUGCAUGACACUACUAGUGAGCAUGGUUUAAUUAUCUAUGAGUACAAUGUAGGUAAGGUACUUGAUCCUCAGUGGUGUUCUUUAGGCUCUUUUGGCUUUUUGAGUGUGAAUUGGCACAAGUUUCGGCAAAAACUGGGGCAAAAUUUGUUAUCUAAAAACUUUGAAAUUAUAGAGGACAAGUAUGAGGUGAUAAGGUAUUGCACUCAUAUUCAGUGCAGCAUUAAAGAUGCUAUGGUUUGUGCUAUUCCUAAGGUGAUGAGGAAGCACAGGGCUCCUAGGUGGUGGUGCAAUGAGCUGAAUAGCCUUAAAAGGCAGGUUAAUAAAAGUAGGAGGGCAUUUCAAAGGUGUUCUGAUAAUGAGACACGAAAUAAUCUAAAAGAGGUAUAUAUUAAUAAGAGGAAGGCCUAUAAGGUCAGGCUAAAAGCUAUUAGAGAGGAGAGUUGGAAAAGGUAUGUGUGUGCUAAGACUAAAGGUGACCCCUGGGGCACCCCUUACAAGGUUUUAAUGAAUAAGCUCAAGACUAAUCAGGUAUUGGUUAAUAUGAAAAGUGGUAAUAGGUAA